AUGAAUGCCUUAGUUUGGAACUGUAGGGGUUUCGGACAACCUCCCAUAGUUCGCCAACUUCGGAAGAUGGUAAAAAUGUUUAAACCAUCUUUCGUGUUUUUGUCCGAGACCCAGAAGAAAAGGUCUUACAUGGAAACUAAGAGAAAGAGUAUGAGAUUUGCUGGAAACUCCUAUGUUUGUCCAAUUGAUCAAGCAGGUGGCCUUGCUCUGUGGUGGGUUGAGGGUAUUUCCUGCAAAAUUCUGGAUAGUGAUCAAUUUUUUAUUGAUGUUUUAGUUGAGGGGGAUGAUGGUUUUUACAUUACUUUUGUUCAUGCUCCCUCUGAUCCGAAUCGGCGUAGGGACUUUUGGGAUCGGAUUAGUAGCCUUCGCAGUAGCUUUGAUGAUAAGUGGGUUGUCAUAGGAGAUAUGAAUGUGAUUUUGUUCCCGGAGGAAAAAUUGGGUGGAGGCCCUCCAAGGAACGAAUCUGUAAUCCCUUUUAAGAAUUUUGUUGAUGACAAUGCUUUAAUGGACCUUGGUUUUAAAGGUUACCCCUUUACUUGGAAUAAUAACCGUGAGGGCCAGCGAAGAGUGGAGGAGAGGCUUGAUAGAGCUUUAUGCUCUGCAUCAUGGAGAUCAAAGUUCAGAAACGCCCUUGUCUUCCACGAAUUACCUAUCGAGUCGGAUCAUUGGCCAUUAAGACUGGAGAUGAAGGGGACUAAAGUAAGAUCAAAUCCUCCAUUCCGUUUUGACUCAAGAUGGCUUAAUCAAGAAGAGUGUAAUAAUAUAGUGAAUUGUAAAUGGGAUAAUGGAGGGAUGUGUCAUGAUAGACUGUUGAAUUGUGAGAAGGAAUUAAAAGAAUGGGCCAGAGAAGUUUACUGGGACCAGAACAAGAGAGCUGCGGAUAUUCAGGCAAGAUUAGAGGAAAUUUUUAUAAUGGAUAGGUCAGUUGAUAUUGUUCAAGAAGAGAAGUUUGAUGACCGAACUUGCUGCCAUUUGGAAAGAUGA